AUGUGGCCGUGUGAUUUGUUUGUGUGGUUUGAUCUGAGGGGAAUGCUGCUUUUUACUUUUGCCGUUCUCCUCGUGGUGUAUUUUUGGGGGGGAAAGGAUCCACCCAAUUUUCCACCGGGACCACCAUGUCUCCCUCUUGUGGGAAACAUAUUCAACAUUGAAUCCAAACAGCCUCACAUUUACUUGACCAAGCUAGCUGAUGUUUAUGGGAAUGUGUUCCGCAUACGUCUGGGAAGACACACAACAGUGUUCGUGUCUGGGUGGAAGACGGUGAAGGAAGCCAUAGUGACACAGGCCGACAACUUUGUGGACCGGCCUUACAGCCCAAUGGUGACCAGAAUUUACUCAGGGAACUCAGCGGGUCUUUUCUUCAGUAACGGGAAAGUGUGGAGGAGGCAGCGGCGUUUUGCCAUGGCCGCGUUACGUACCUUCGGCCCGGCCAAGACCUCCAUGGUGCAGAGCAUUUGUGAGGAGAGUCAUCAUCUGCAGGAGGCGAUGGAGAAGGAGAAAGGUGAGCCAUUUGACCCGGUGCCCCUCUUAAACAACGCCGUGGCCAACGUCAUCUGCCAGAUCGUGUUCGGGAGACGGUUUGACUACAGCGACCGCAACUUUCAGAGCAUGCUGAAGAAUCUGACUGAGAUGGCCUAUUUGGAGGGCUCCAUAUGGGCUCUACUAUAUGAUGCGUUCCCGGCUCUGAUGAAACACCUGCCGGGGCCUCACAAUGGCAUCUUCAGCAGCUCUAAAUCUUUGGAGGCAUCCAUCCGGGGAGAGAUAGAGAGGCACAAGCUGGAUCCGGCACCUGGCGACCCACGAGAUUACAUCGACGCCUUCCUGAUGGAGGAGAAACACAACAGAAACAGUGAAUUGGGUUUCAACGAUGGCAACCUGGUUCUGUGUUGUCUGGAUCUGUUCCUGGCUGGCGGCGAAACCACUUCGAAGACCCUGCAGUGGGGCCUCAUCUACCUCAUCAAGAGCCCUCGCAUCCAGGACAAAGUCCAGGUAGAAAUAGACGGAGUGAUCGGACAGACCCGCCAGCCCACGAUGGCAGACAGACCCAACCUGCCUUACACAGACGCCGUCAUCCACGAGAUCCAGAGGAUGGGAAACAUAGUUCCUCUCAAUGGACUCAGAAUGGCCGCCAAGGACACGACACUGGGCGGCUACUUCAUCCCCAAGGGAACCUCCGUGAUGCCCAACCUGACCUCUGUGCUGUUUGACCGGACUGAAUGGGAAACUCCCGACACCUUCAACCCGGAACACUUCCUGGAUGCUGACGGGAAGUUUGCUAGGAGGGAUGCAUUUGUACCUUUCUCUGCAGGAAAGCGAGCGUGUCUGGGCGAAGGCCUGGCGAGAAUGGAGCUGUUCCUGUUUUUCGUCACUCUGUGUCAGAGAUGUUAUUUCACCACAGUGGACGGAGCGGAGCCGAGUUCAGAGGGAAUCAUCGGAGCCACGCGCUCCCCCAACGCUUUUAAGAUCCACGCCAGAGCCCGCUGA